CGCUGCUACACUGAUAUUUACGGUAGCUCGGUGCUAACGGUAACCGGAGCUAACCGGAGCUGAAGUUUCUUGCAUCGCCACCGACUGUUGUUAUUCGGGUUUAACGGGGGAUUUACCGGCGUGUGAAAGAGCUCAGCAGGAAGUCAACAUGACGUCUUCAUGAUCUGAACUCUUGGGACUCGCUGCUGCUGCCCUCUGAUUGGUGGAAGUCAGCUGUCCGUCAUCAUGCAGCUGACCUACGAGAAGCUGCCGGCUCAGCUGAGGCGGAACUCCCGGCUCAAGAGGCUGGCGGCCGUGCUGCUCGCCGCCUACGCCAUCAAAAAACUCACGCCGCACGUCUGGAGGAGAAUCGUCAAGAGGAGUGCAGCCGGUAAACAGCUGGUCGGAGCUAACCUCCCCAAGGAUGUGGCCACCUCCUCCUCCAGCACUGAUAACCACAAAGAGAAGAAGAAGAGUGGCAGCAGGUCUCCAUCAGUGAACAGGGAUUUUGCCCUCAGACUGUCUCGCCUGUUGAAGCUCUUGUUUCCACGGUUACUAUGUCGAGAGGUCGGACUGCUCGCCUUGCACUCUCUCACUCUGAUGUCCAGAACUUUUCUGUCCAUUUACGUCGCCACACUGGACGGUGCGAUUGUGAAGAGUAUCGUCCAGAAGGAUCCUCGAGCCUUUGUGCUCCAGCUGUCUAAGUGGCUCCUCGUCGCCGUUCCUGCCACUUUUAUCAACAGUGCCAUCAGAUUCCUCGAAGGUCAGCUGACACUCAGCUUCAGGAGCCGAUUGGUCAACCACGCCUACGAGCUGUACUUCACCAACCAGACGUACUACCGCGUCAGUAACAUGGACGGCCGUCUGUCCAAUCCCGAUCAGUCUCUCACUGAGGACAUCGUCAUGUUUUCAGCCUCCAUCGCUCAUCUUUACUCCAACCUGACCAAACCCAUCCUGGACGUAGUCGUCACCUGCUACACCUUGCUGCGCACCGCCCACUCCAAAGGAGCCAACACUACUUGGCCGUCGGUCAUUGCCGGCCUGGCGGUUGCAUUCACUGCCAAAAUCCUGCGCUCCUGCUCGCCUAGAUUCGGGAAGCUCGUGGCUGAAGAGGCACGACGGAAAGGAGAGCUGAGGUACAUGCAUUCCCGUAUCAUCACCAACUCAGAGGAGAUCGCAUUCUAUGGAGGACACAAGGUGGAGAUGGCCCAGCUGCAGAGGAGCUACAAGUCUCUGUCCUCUCAGAUUCAUCAGAUCCUGCUGAAGCGGCUCUGGUACGUCAUGCUGGAGCAGUUCCUCAUGAAGUACGUAUGGAGCGCCUCAGGUCUGGUGAUGGUCGCCGUGCCCAUUAUCACCGCCACAGGAUACUCCAAAUAUGACUCUGAGGAGGUGAAGCAGGCAGCCAUGGUGAUGAAGGAGGAGGAGCUGGUGAGCGAGAGGACGCAGGCCUUCACCACAGCCAGAAACCUGCUGAAUGCUGCAGCCGACGCCGUGGAGAGAAUCAUGAGUUCCUACAAGGAGGUAACAGAGUUGGCGGGUUACACAUCUCGAGUCUCUGAGAUGCUGGAUGUGUUUGAAGACGUGAAUAAGGGAGUCUACCGUCGCUCUGCAGACAGAGAGGAGGCGAUAGCAGCAGCAGCAGCAGCAGCAGGAGGAGAGACAGGAGUCAUCCAGCACGGGCAGAGGGUCUGUGGCCGUCUGGAGAUCAGAGGUCAGGUGAUCAGUGUAGAGAAGGGGAUUCGCUGUGAGAACCUGCCAAUCAUCACACCGACAGGAGACGUGGUGGUAUCCAGCCUCAAUAUCCAGGUGGACGAGGGGAUGAAUGUUUUGAUCACAGGUCCAAACGGUUGUGGGAAGAGUUCUUUGUUCAGGAUCCUCAGCGGAUUAUGGCCUGUUUAUGGAGGAGUGCUGUUCCGUCCAGAACCACAGCACAUGUUCUACAUCCCACAGAGGCCCUACAUGUCAGAGGGGACCCUCAGAGACCAGGUGAUCUAUCCGGACUCAGUAGAGGAGAUGAUUCAGAAAGGAAUGAGAGAUUCAGACCUAGAAGAGAUCCUUCGCACAGUCCACCUGCUCUACAUCCUGGACAGAGAAGAAGGUUGGGAGUCAGUCAGUGACUGGAAGGAUGUUCUGUCUGGAGGAGAGAAACAGAGGAUGGGGAUGGCUCGUAUGUUCUACCAUCGCCCCAGGUACGCUCUGUUGGAUGAAUGUACGAGUGCUGUCAGCAUCGACGUGGAGGGAAGCAUCUUCCAGGCUGCAAAGGAUGCUGGGAUAGCCCUGCUGUCGAUCACACACAGACCCUCCCUUUGGAAGUACCACUCUCACCUCCUGCAGUUUGAUGGAGAAGGUGGUUGGCGUUUUGAACGUCUGGAUGCGUCCACUCGUCUGUCUCUGCAGGAGGAGAAACAGCGCCUGGAGAAUCAGCUGUCGGGGAUCCCAAAGAUGCAGCAGCGUCUGGCAGAGCUGUGUCUCCUCCUGGGGGAGAGAGAGGGGGAGAGAGAGGAGGAGGAGGAGGAGGAGGAGAAGGAGGAGGAGGAGGACAAAUGAAGAGGAGUCACUCUCCUGAGUUUUAACUCUGAGCUCUGUUUUCAAGGGUUACCAUGGAGACACAUUCUCAGCAGGCUGGUCAUGUGACUGAAACUGAUGUCAAACUUCAGUUUUCUGUAAAACUGUGAGGAUGUUUUUUCAAUUUUUAACCCCUUGAAGUCUGAAGCCACAGUAUUCUCCCUCCAGUGUCUCAGAUGAACAUCUUGUUUAACCUCUGCUACUCCCACUACGUGUGUGUGUCUGUGUGUGUCUGUGUGUGUGUCUGUGUGUGUGGAGGGGGGGUCAUUAGGGGGAGAUAGCAAUUCAACAGUAUAUGCCACAUUGAAAUGGUUUACAUCAGUGUAAGGGCUUAUAACAUUAUAAUGGAAGUCAUUGCCAUGUUCAAUUAUGUCUCAUUGCAGGGACGUUGUUGCAGUAUUUUUUUUUUUGGGUUAAUGCCAUUUGUUUCACAGACUUGGUGCAAAAUUUAAACAAAAUAAUUGACCACUUGAGAAUUGGUCAAAAAUCCCUCCAAAAUAGCACAUUAACACACCUUGAGGAACACCAUAGAAACAUUCAUGCUGUUAUUUGGUAUCAAAAGAAUAGCAUAUUUCAGCAAAUUGGAUGGCAAGCACUUAUUAUAUAUUCUUUAAAUUGCUCAGAAAACCUUUUAUGAUCAAUAUAUCU